CAGAGCAAGUGAGUUAUCAACACAUAUUUUUGCAUGAUUCGUAUCUUAUUCACGAACCAGCAAGCCAUAUCGGAGAGGAAAAAGCAGUUGUUGAUAUCGCUUCCUCAGUUAGGGGAAUGUGGGGUCGUGAGAGCAGAGACGCCUUCUGUCGCGGUGACGUCAUGUAUACAUUACUAUGGUUUGAAAGUAUCAAAUCAUAACGUGUUCAGCAAUGGCAAUGCCACGCGUGAAGGCCGAUCUCUCCGAAGGCACCACCAGUGGCUGGGAGAGGCUGUGCGAGACGGAGGCGCGCGCGGCGGCGCUGCGCUGUGCAGAGGCGUUCCGGCGCUCCGCCACGGACCCGGCCGCCAGUGGACCGCUCUCACACACCGACUUCUUGCACCGGUUCAUCAACAGUUUUCAGCAGACGUUCGAGGAUCAGAUUCGCCAGUACAGCCACCUGAACGGGUACGCCACCAGCGUGGUGGCGACGGCGGCCGGCCUCGAGCCGCCGCGCCACGCUGGCCCGCCGGCCGGCCGCACUCUUCGGGAACGGUUGGGCUCUUUGAAGAGUACGCUGCGCCGGGGGCGCGCUGUGCUGCUAAGGCAGCGCUCUGACGAGUUGGAUGUGUCGCCGAGCCGCCGGCGGCGCGGCCGGCUCGCCAAAAUGGUGGUGGAGAUCAAGCACGAGGGCACGGUGAACUACCUGACGGGCGACAACCUGGAGGCCUGGAGGCGCUGCCGUCUGGCUCUGGUGCGCACUGGCGCCGGACACCUGCUCGAGUUCUUCACGCCGCCAAAGGCUGUGAGACCGAAGAGCGGCGUGUUCUGUUUCCUGAUCACAGAAGCUCGCGAAACAACGGCGCUAGAGAUGCCCGACCGCGAAAACACAUUCGUACUGCGGGCGGAGAGCGGGCUGGAGUACGUGGUCGAGACGAGUGGCGCCCACCAGAUGAGCACCUGGCUGGCGGCCAUCCGCGCCAGCAUGGACCGACCGUACACGGACGGCGACCUGCCGAGUAGCAGUCGCAGUGUGACCCACAGUCUGGCUCUGAGUGACGGCGCUGUGCUGGAUGGGCCGCCGGAACUUCACUCGGGCGGCGCUGUGCCGCCGCUGCACGCCACCGCAGAUAACGAUGCUCUCUCCGCACAGUGGUGAACCGCCCGACCAGAUGCCAGCCGUCUAGUUUCGCGGUGGCUCUCUGAAGCUCGUGACGGCAGACAGACACACUGUCCGCAGAGGAGCCGACACGAACAAGGCGCAGGCCUGCUAUAAUGACUGUGAACACCGGAAGUGAGUCCGCUGUGCCAGCGCCUUGCAGCGGCGCUAAGAUGAUGGCCGACGCCACGAAUGUGCUGGCCAGGCUGUGAAUUUGUGAAAAUUUGACCUGUGUCCAACCAGUAAAUUUUUGUGAAUAUAUUUCAGUGUCCAA